UGAUAUCGAUGAGUCAGGUGCGAUUGCUUUAGUCUGGAGAACUCACGCUCCUCUAUCGAUUGCUUUCUGGCUGCGCGCGCACUCCACUGAUUUGAACAUGGCGGCGACUCCGGCGACCAACCCGUCCCAGUUGCUCCCUCUCGAGCUCGUGGACAAAUGUAUCGGCUCCCGAAUUCACAUCGUCAUGAAAACCGACAAAGAGAUCGUCGGCACCCUGCUGGGCUUCGAUGACUUUGUCAAUAUGGUGCUGGAAGAUGUGACAGAAUUUGAAAUCACACCAGAGGGAAGGAGGAUAACCAAACUGGACCAGAUCCUCCUCAACGGCAAUAACAUCACCAUGCUCAUACCUGGAGGAGAAGGUCCUGAAGUAUGAGAAUCAUCACUUGAGUGCGGAGACAGUUUUUUUUUUUUCCCUUUUUUGUGUUCCUGAGUUGAUUAUGACGUUGUUGUUGUUUUUGGAUCAAUCCUUCUCGAUCUUGAGGGAGAAUAUUUUUGUAUAUGUUUUGGAAAAACAAAAGUGUCGUGAACCACACGUGACAAAAAUUCCUUUUACAAAUAAAUGAGAACGAAACAGUUUGAAAAAAAAAA